CCGUUCUCUUUCAACUUUUGUACGUUGCAGAAGUUGCACGCAUUUCAAUCUGGUACAUAACCAUGUCUGAAACUCUUCAACUUAGAGGAACCCUUUUGGGUCAUAAUGGUUGGGUCACUCAAAUCGCGACCAACCCCAAAUAUCCCGACAAUAUUAUUUCGGCUUCUCGUGACAAAACUUUGAUCGUGUGGAAAUUGACCCGCGAUGAGACCCAAUAUGGUGUUCCCCAAAAGCGUUUGUAUGGCCAUUCCCACUUCAUCUCCGACGUAGUGUUGUCCAGCGACGGAAACUACGCCCUUUCCGGAUCUUGGGAUAAGACCCUUCGCUUGUGGGAUUUGGCCGCUGGCAAGACCACCCGUCGUUUCGAAGAUCACACCAAGGAUGUGUUGAGCGUUGCCUUCUCCGUUGACAAUCGUCAAAUCGUGUCUGGUUCCCGCGACAAGACCAUCAAGCUGUGGAAUACCCUUGCUGAGUGCAAAUACACCAUCCAAGAUGAUGGUCACUCUGACUGGGUAUCCUGCGUCCGUUUCUCGCCAAACCACGCUAACCCAAUCAUCGUAUCCGCUGGCUGGGACCGCAUGGUUAAGGUUUGGAACUUGACCAACUGCCGUCUAAAGAUCAACCACACUGGACAUACCGGUUACCUGAACACCGUUACCGUUUCUCCGGACGGUUCCCUUUGCGCCAGCGGCGGCAAGGACUGCAAAGCUAUGCUCUGGGAUCUUAAUGAUGGCAAGCACUUGCACACUUUGGACCACAACGACAUCAUUACCGCCUUGUGCUUCUCACCAAACAGGUACUGGUUGUGUGCUGCCUUUGGCCCAUCCAUCAAAAUCUGGGACUUGGAAAGCAAGGAAAUGGUUGAAGAACUCAGACCAGAAGUUAUUUCCCAAACCAGCAAGGCUGAGCCACCACAGUGCUUGUCUCUCGCCUGGUCCACUGACGGACAAACCCUGUUUGCCGGUUACUCCGAUAAUACCAUCAGGGUAUGGCAAGUCAGCGUUCCGUCUGCUCGUUAAAAGAAUAUUGACUUGUAUUUCAUAAGAUUAACUUUUAAUAAAAAAGACUAAAAUUA